UGGAAAGCACCGUGCAGUUGUCACUGUUGAGUGAUCUCUCGCUCUACAGUCUACACUCACUGCUUUUGAUGGCGGAAACGGCGUCAAAUGCAGCGGAAGCUCCAACGCCGCCGGUCAGGUUGUGGAGGACUGCGUUCUUGACGCUGAGGGAUGAAACCCUGACGGCCCCUCCUUCUUCCUCUUCCACACCCGAUUUGCUCCGUAACCUCAUCUUCUCCCAAUCCUACACUUUGCUAUCCGCGCUCCCUGAACUUCCCUCUCACGAGGUUUUGUCGGACAUUUUGUUUCUGAUGGAACUAGUUUUAGUUUCCGCCAGCUGCUUAAAUCAAGAAGAAUGUACUCAUAUUUAUACUCAGACAUCACGUUUGAUCCAUGAUAUAUGUCGUGGUGUCUCCUUCGAUGUGAAUCCCUCAUCUUUCACCGGUGUUGUUAAUGCUUUCAGUAAGAUGCUGGAUCUCUUCCCUGGAAAAGUUGCCAUAGACGAUGAGUCAAACAGAAUUCGCAGUAGCGCGGGAAUAAUCUCUGCUAUUGAAUGUUUGCAGGCUUUCAGAUGUAUUAUUACUUCGUCGCAACGAAGAUGGUUGCAGUCUGAAGAUACAUUACUGGUUAAAUUUCUACUUGACAUUAUUGCUAGCUAUCAAGCUGCAUUUUGGUUGAUGCCUCAUUCAAUGAGCAAAGACAAGAUUGAUAUGAGAUUAUCCAUAGAAAGCAGUUCCUGUGAAUUACAGACUGUUGCUUUUGGGAUGCUCAGCAAAGCAAUCUCACGAGCUGGUUCAUCCUUCUCAGUUGAUAUGUGGAGAUCUAUGAUUAAGGUGGUGAGGAAAACAAUGGAUUUCUUGGCACAAAAAAGUUCAUUUGUGGAAGAUAAUGUGAUGUCCAGGUUUUAUGAAUCUUUUCUAAGCUGUCUUCAUUUGAUCCUCACUGAUUCUAAAUGCUCUGUUUCUGAUCAUGUGUCAGUUUUUGUUGCCGUUCUGCAAAUGUUCUUAACAUAUGGACUUUGUGGUCUAACACCAAGUACACCGGUUCUUAUUGGUCGUGGGGAGAAGGAAUGUAAUGCAGAGAGUCCACGAGCAAGCUGGGAACAAGUGAACAGGUCGAAUCGUACUGCCUAUAGGCCUCCACACUUGCGCAAGCGAGAGUGUUCAAAAAUGAAGCUGAGUAGAGCUUGGAAUUCUCAAAAUAUAUCAGAUAGUGAAUCUUCUGCUGUUAAUUUUACAUCUUCAGAUUCAGAUUUUAGUGAUGGCGAUGGAUCAGCAAAAGAGAGCGGGGGAACACUGAACUCAAGGGUUAGAGUGGCUGCCCUCAUUUGUAUACAGGAGCUCUGUCAAGCGGAUUCUAAAUCUUUCUCUAUGCAAUGGUCCCUGCUUUUACCAACUAGUGAUGUGCUACAACCAAGGAAGCGUGAUGCAACUUUAAUGACAUGCUUGUUAUUUGAUCCAUGUUUGAAGGUGCGAAUGGCAUCUGCAUCCACACUAGUGGCCAUGCUGGAUGGUCUUUCUUCCAUCUUCUUGCAAGUAGCAGAAUAUAAGGAUUCUAGCAAAUUUGGAUCUUUUACAGCUCUUUCAAGUUCCCUUGGGAAGAUUUUACUGGAACUUCAUAGAGGUAUUCUGUUCUCAAUACAGCAAGAGGCCCAUGGUAAACUGCUGGCCUUGUUGUUCAAGAUUCUUCGGCUUGUGAUAUUAUCUACACCAUAUUCAAGAAUGCCACCAAAUUUGUUGGCUACUGUUGUGACAUCUGUUAGAACAAGGAUAAGAGAGGGAUUUCAAUUUAAAAGUGACCAGAGUAGUCUAUUGGCUGCUGCUGUUGGUUGCUUGACUCUAGCUCUAUGUUCCUCUCCAUCAACUGAAGUGCGGAAGAUGCUUUAUGAGGAGGUUUCUUCAGGUUAUAUUAAAAAUGAAAAGAAGUCAGGUGUUCUCGUCAUGUUAUUUGAGUAUUCAUUGCAAUGGAGCUGCCCAACCAUUUGCCUUGAGGCACUUCAGGCACUGAAGGCUGUUUGCCACAAUUACCCCAACAUAGUCACUGCAUGUUGGGAACGAGUUUCUGCAAUUGUGUCUGGUUUCCUUAGUUUUGGAUACCCUGAAAUAUCUUCAAGGAAGUCAAGUGAACAUGGUGGUUCUCCUACUACAUUCGUUAGUGAAAAAGUUCUUGCAGCUGCUAUUAAGGUUUUGGAUGAGUGUCUUCGUGCGUUAUCUGGAUUUCAAGGAACAGAAGAUCUUUCGGAUGAUAAGUUGGCGGAUAUUCCAUUUGCGUCUGAUUUCAUAAGGGGGAAGAAAGUGUCAUCUGCUCCAUUGUAUGAAUCAGAAGGCAAAGAUGAUGAUGUAGUAAAUUCUGAGGCAUCUGAAUGUGGGAUUCAUGAAUGGUGUGAGGCUAUCGAGAAACAUAUGCCUUGUAUCUUAUGUCAUUCUUCUUCACUGGUGAGAGCUGCAUCCAUUACAUGUUUUGCGGGGAUGACUUCUUCGGUGUUCAUCUCAUUCACUAUGGAGAAGCAAGGCUUCAUUUUGUCUUCUUUAAUCAAUGCUGCUAUAAAUGACGAUGUUCCAUUGGUGAGGUCUGCUGCCUGUCGAGCUAUUGGUGUUGUUUCAUGUUUUCCUCAAGUUUGUCAGAGUGCAGAGGUACUUGACAGGUUUAUCCAUGCUGUUGAGAUUAACACUUGUCAUACCCUAAUCUCAGUGAGGAUUACAGCUUCGUGGGCUUUGGCAAAUAUUUGUGACGCUAUUCGUCACACAGUUAGCUUGGAAUAUAUGGGUUCAAAUUCUAACCCCAAAUUGAUUGUAUCAUUAAGUGAAUGUGCUUUGCAUCUUACUGAGGAUGGAGACAAGGUAAAAUCUAACGCUGUUCGGGCUCUUGGAUAUAUUUCAAGAAUCUUUAAAUGUUCAACAUCGAGAUUUCAAGACAUGUCAAUGGACCAUCUGGGCCCAAGGACUGAAGGAUAUUCUUGCAGUCAGAAUCUCAUCAAGUGUCAAAGGUCUAAUUCGAACCAUUACCAAUUGGAUUAUCAUGAAAAUUAUUGCAGAUUGGAAAGGAUAGUUAAGGCACUCAUUUCUUGUGUUGUUACAGGGAAUGUUAAGGUCCAGUGGAACGUUUGCCAUGCUCUAGGCAAUCUAUUCCUGAACGAGACCUUAAGUUUGCAAGAUAUGGACUGGGCUUCCGAUGUCUAUGGUGUUCUUCUGCAAUUAUUACGUGAGUCAUCAAAUUAUAAGAUCAGAAUACAAGCUGCAGCUGCAUUGGCUGUGCCUGCGUCAGUGCAUGAUUAUGGCCCAUCCUUCUCGGAUAUUGUGCAAUGUGUGGAGGAUGUAAUGGAGAAUAUAGGUCAGGACCAAAUUUCGGGGCCAUCAAAUUUCAAGUAUAGGGUUUCAUUACAAAAACAGCUUACCUUGACAUUGUUACAUGUUCUAAGCUUUACAUCAAGCACGGAUGAUGAUCAGUUGAAAGAUUUUUUAGUUCAGAUGGGAUUUACCUUCUCACCUGUUCUUCUGUUGGAAAACUUGAUUUGAUGCAAUGGGAUGCAACAUCACAUCCCAUUCUAAGUCCCACACAAAAGUGAACUUCGAAGUAGGAGCUAUGAGGAAGCAUGUAUUAAUUUCAAGGAGAGACCUUAUAAGCUCAGCAUGGUUGUUGUGGAGUGUUGUGUUUGUCACAAUGGCAGCAACUCAUCUUUUGCAAUUUCUGUUGCAGUGCAGAUGAGUCAUGAGGAUUGAUGUGGAUACCAGUUUACAUUCAUAGCCAAUCCAAUCCAAUCUCACUUAACUAUAGGUAAGUCACACCGCAUCAGUCAUCAUGUCCAGUUCAAUAUCACUGCCCAGGUACUUUAGUUGUGAAUGAAAGAAAUCCCAAAAGGAGGGGCAGAGCAACACUCAAAUUACACACAACCAGAAGAAUAAUAAUAAAUACCAAGAUAGAACUAAAACUGGCCGGAAUCAAAGGCACAGAAACCAAUCAAAGAAGAGAAACCAUCCAAAAGUAUUGUCAGUGUUGAAACACAUCUUGUCUGACAUUUUACUAAUCAGUUCGCAAACCACCAUUGCCUCUGAUUUAUGACAGGAGAAAGAGAACACCCAGCCAAACACAAACAAACACUGGGGAACAAUCAUUGUAUAGGUGAUCCCAACAAUGUUUAAACAGGGAAGGCAUAAUAUCUAUUUAGUCUGAAAUUGCUGUUCUUGCAGGACAACUGCAGUUUGGCAGAAGCCUAUAACCCCCCAUCUCAAGGGAUUGCUUUAGAUUCGUUUAAAGAAAUAGAGCAUAAACCCCCCAUUUCUUUGCUGACCAAAACUAUGGGAGACAUAGUCAUGAAAGUGGUAAUAAUCAUUGAAGCGGAUUGUAAAAUAUAGUUAAUCUUUUCUACUAUAGUUUUUAACUCAAAUGACAAACUGCCACGCUUAGGAAGUUUUACGUCAGUUAUUGGUAAUCUACAUGUGUAACAAUCUUGAUGGAUUCAGUUAUAUGGUCCAACUUGAGGUAUAGAUGUAUGAUUUCUAUCACUCAUCUGGUUGUCUGAAAUAGAUGCAGAUAAUAGUAUUAUUACGCUUUCAAAUAAUCAUUGAUGUCUGAUGAAAAUUUACCAU